UAUUAAAGCGAAUUGUGAUACUAGCAAGUAACAACUAAUUUUCAAUCCUUAUAUGGCCACCGACUUAAAUAAUAGCAAUACAGAACAGGUGUACCUACUACCUACCUAUCUAACAGAUUCUAAUUAGGUUGGGUUAAUAUUAUUCAUUGUAAUAAUGCAACAUUCAAUUUAUAGUCAAUUACAGACUACAGUAAGCAUGUUCUAAGUAUAAUAGCAUUUACUAAAAUCAAAAACCAUGGUGUACAGCGCUGGAGAAAUAGAAAAUGUCCGCGUUGCAGUACGUUUGCGACCUUUAAGCAAAAAAGAGAAAUCCUCAGGUUGUGUGCCCGUGGUAGUGGCCGAUCCUGAGAAUGCAGCUGUUUUUGUGCAAAAUCCAAACCCAUCACAUGUUGGUCCUCCAAAGACUUUCAUGUUCGAUUUGGUUUUUGAUUCCGAUUCGAAACAAUUGGAUGUGUAUAAUGAAGUGGCACGACCAAUUGUUGACAAAGUUUUCGAUGGCUUCAACGGAACAAUAUUUGCUUACGGACAGACUGGUACAGGCAAAACAUUUACAAUGGAAGGAUCUCAUGUAUCUCCCGAGCUUAACGGAAUAAUUCCGAAUUCAUUUGCCCAUAUAUUUGGUCAUAUUGCUAAAGCGAAGGAAGAUGUUAAGUUUUUGGUUAGUGUUUCUUACUUUGAAAUUUACAAUGAAGGCGUUUACGACUUGUUGAGUAAACAUGUGUCUACUGAGUUGGAAGUAAAAGAGAGACCAGAUGUUGGUGUGUAUGUGAAAGAUUUGUCAACAUAUGUGGUAAAUAAUGCAGAUGAUAUGCACCAACUGCUGAUGACUGGAAACAAAAAUCGCGCCACUGCUGCAACAGCUAUGAAUUCUGAAAGUUCCCGGUCACAUGCUAUAUUUUCAAUUACUAUAGAAACUAGUCGACCUGACGUUACCGGCGAGUACCAUGUCAAAGUUGGCAGACUUCGAUUGGUUGACUUGGCAGGCUCCGAACGACAAUCAAAAACAGGUGCUCUUGGUAUAAGAUUUAAAGAGGCAACAAAAAUUAAUUUAUCCUUAUCAACUCUUGGAAAUGUAAUUUCUGCGUUGGUUGAUGGCAAGUCUACUCACAUUCCAUAUCGCAAUUCAAAACUCACACGGAUAUUACAAGAUUCUUUGGGAGGAAACUCGAAAACCGUUAUGUGUGCUACUGUGGGACCAGCAGGUUUCAACUAUGAUGAAACUAUUAGCACUUUACGAUAUGCCAACCGAGCCAAGAAUAUUCAAAAUACAUCCAAAGCUAAUGAAGAUCCUAAGGAAGCAUUGCUCAGACAAUUUCAAAUGGAAAUUGAAGCUUUGAAAAAGCAAAUAGAUGAUAGUAGUAAGGGUCUUAGUGAAGCAGACGAUGAUGGUGAGGAGGAAGGAGAAGAAGAAGGGCUGGUUGUCGGAGCUUCUGAAGAAGUAGCUAACGCAGUGCAGAGCAAACGUGAAGAAUUGGAUGCAGCACGCCAAGAAAUGAUUAGGUUAAAGGAGAAACUGGAGAAUAUGGAGAAAAAAAUAAUUGUGGGUGGUGAGAAUCUAUUAGAGAAGUCUGUGGCACAAGAGAAGUUGUUAGAGGAUUCAGCAAAAGAGCUAUUAGAUAGAAAAUCUAGACAGAUGAAUUUAAACAUGCGUUUACAAGAAGUGCAAGCUGAAAAGAUGGAUACUGAAGAUAAAUACAGUGGUCUACAAGAGAGAUCAGGUGCAUUAAGUAAGAAAUUGAAAAAAUUAUCAGCAGCUAUUUUAGCUGUAAAAGAAGAUCUAAAAGAUACUGAAGACGAGAGCAAAAGAGAAAUAGUGGAAUUAAAACAGAUUCUAAAACAGACAUCCAAGGAGUUAAAGAUGCAAGAAGUCAUUAUUGAGCAUUUUGUCCCCGAUGAUUACUUGGAACUUAUAAAAAAGAAUUCAUUUUGGAACGAAGAAAUUGGAGAAUGGGAACUAAGAUGUGUAGCAUAUACUGGGAAUAACAUGGCAAAAGAGUUACCCAAUGAUGAAGAAAUUACGUUUGAGACUCGCAGACCAGAUUUUUCACAUGUGUAUCUGACUUACAAAGACAAAGCACAGGCCAGAUCAAAGUCGAGAACUGGAAAACGAACUUGAUUUUUUUCUUCUAGAUAAUGUAUCUUUUUGUAUUUAUUUUUAGUCAUAACAAAACCCUAGUCAUAUUUAUUCUUUUUAUAAGAAUAUAUCACAACUUGCAUACUUAAAUAUAUUUUUGUUCACUCAGUCUAUUUAAUUUUGAUUUUAAAUAACUUGUUCAUAAUGUAAUUGUUAUAAGUCUAAAUAAAAGCAUAAACUUUGUUUUACUCAUACUUUAUUAUAUGAAAUGUACAGUUUUUGGACAGUGAACUGUUUCCAUCAAUAAUAAAUAAAAGUACUUAAUUUUUAAUCCAGAAAUGUUAUGAUAAUUUCUUGGGUAUAAUAUGUACAGCAUAGUUAUAAUUAUUUUUUUACCAACAUUUAUUCUUUGUAGAUGUUGGAUCUUUAGAUAGAAAUAAUCAGUAAAUAAAAAGAAAAUUACAGUGAAUUUUGAACAAAUUAUUAGGUAGUAAAUAUAUAAAAAAACUCACUGUUAGUAUAAAUGUAUCAUUUCGAGUUAGGACAAAAUGUGUGAUAUUCUCAUGAAUAGAAAUUUAUUAGAAAUUACUAACAAUAUCUUCAAUUAUUAGGAUACAAUAGGUUUAUCAUUUUAAAGCUUAUUCAAAUUAUAAACGGUGUCUAUAAAAUUGUAAAUGUUUUAUGCUUCCUUCAGUAUAUCAAACUUUUACAAUUUUUUUAGAUAACCCGUAUAUAAAAAUGUAAUUAUGAACAAAGAAUUUUGAAUACAUUAAAAAUAUUUCUAUUCGUGGGAGGGAAAAUAAUAUCUUAAGUUAAACUUCAUAAAUCUACUAACACUUAACGCGAAAGAUUACAAAAGUAACUAUAUACAAAUUAUGUAUAUAUCGUUUUCUUUAUCUUAUCCUAGCUAAUGUUACUUAACAAGGCCAGUUAAAAAAAAAAAAAAAAAA